AUGAAGAACAUGGAAAAGCAAAAUGUGAAUUUGGUUGUAAACAAAUCAGGGAAGAACAUGAAAAAGAAUCAUUUGGAAAAGCAAAAUGUGAAUUUGGUUGUAAACAAAUUAGGGAAGAACAUGAAAAAGAAUCAUUUACAACAUACAAUUCAUGUUCGCAACAAUAUUAUACUUAGAAAUAGAUAUCCUUAUCCCCAUCCAGAAGAAUUUCACUUUGUUCACAAAGAUGAUUUCAAGGAUUUUGUUCAACACAUGACUAGUGGAACAAAAGUCAAUCAUUCAAAACCUCUAGUUGAGAAUACAAGGUUGCAGAAAAAUAGGCCUCAAUCAUUGUCCAUAGUGAGGCCACAAGUUCCAGUCCAGGUUCCAGCUUGGGCGCCAGUAGCUCCACCAUUGUCCAUAAUGAGGCCACAUGUUCCAGUUCAGGUUCCAUCUUUGGCGCCAAUAGCUCCUCCAUUAGCUUCAAAGAAUGCACUGCCUACAUAUCCUUUGCAGCCUGAUUCAGAACCUUCUUUUGCUGAAAAUUCACAGACCAGUGUUGUGGAAUCUUCGACUUCUGCUUUCUUGAGAAAUUUCAAAGACUCGAUGAUGGAAUUUGGUAAUUCAAGUGGUAACCAGUUAAAUCCUCUCGCAUGUCAAACCCAAGUGGUUAACAAUAUUGAGCCUUAUCAACUUUCGUCUUCUUUGUCUCUUGGUCCUGUAUUGCCUAUGAUUGCUACCAACCAAAAUUUGCCUAUGAAUAAUGGUAACCAAUCUAUGAAUGAUUUCUCUUCCCCACAAACAAAUGGUCCUCAAUCACCAAGUUCUGAAUUUUCCAUACCAUGGCCAACAAGUAACAUGAAUUUGGUAUCCCCUCAAUCGCCUUAUAGCCCUCUAUUGUCACCAAGCCUUUUUUCGCCACCAUCACCUGAAUUCCCUUUCCAACCAUAUCUACAAAAUAAUGGAAUUUCAAGCUCUUAUCCCGGGUCUCCAGUUUCUACAGAAAAUUUUCCUUUCUAA